UUUUUGUUUAUCUUUUCUAUGAAUUGCUUGAAUCUUCUAUUUUAGCUACAAUUUUUUAAAGUUUUUUUUUUUUUAAAGACAAGAGUUUCUCUGUAACUUUGUAGCCUGUCCUGGAACUAACUCUUGUAGGCCAGGCUGACUUCUGACUCACAGCUAUCCGCCUGCCUCUGCCUCCUGAAUGCUGGGAUUAAAGGCGUGUGCCACCACUGCCUUAAAGAAUGAUUCUUAAUAUAGCCUUUUAUUGGUGAAGUUAUGUAGAAACCUUACAUCUUAAUUUCCUUUUACCCUCUGAUACAGUUUUUGUAAAUAUUUGCAGUUAUUGUAAAUACUCUCCCUUUGUGUAUAUUUUGAACCAUGUUUAUGUAGUGUUACAAAAUGCUUCAACCACCAAGAAUAAUUUUGAAAACUCAAAAACAAAUGUCCACUUCAUUUUUUAAGACUUUUAACAUUAUGUGAGUGUAUGUAUCUGUGCACAUGAGUACAGGUGCCUGAGGCUGCCAACAUCAAAUCCCUUGGAACCAAAAUUACAGGUGGCUGUGAGCAACAUGGAUGCUGGGAACCAAACUCAUAUCUUCUCCAAGAGCAGUGUGUGCUCUUAACCACUGAGCUACCCCUGCAGCCCUUUUGCCAUUCUUGUAGGCUGGUAAUGAAUUAUCUUAAUUUUCUUUCAUAUGAGAAUGUCAUUGUUCCCCCUUAAUUCCUGAUGAAUAUUGUUUCUUAUAGAAGCCUAAGUUGGCAAGGAGGAGUGUUUAUUAUAGCACUUUAAAGUAUGCCAUUUCCUUCUGGCUCUAGUUCUCUUUCUCUCUUUCCUUUACUGGGUAUCCAGCACUUUAUUUGUUUGUCUGUCUGUAUGUAUGUUUGUUUGUUUAUUUAUGUCUUUAUACAGGGUUUCUCUGUGUAGCCUGGCUGUCUUGAACUCUCUCUGUUGACUAGGCUGACCUUGAACUCAGAUCCACCUGCCUCUGCCUUCGGAGUGCUGUGAUUAAAGUGCUGUGCCAAGCCUGGCCCAGAUUUUAUUUAAAAACUCAUUUCAUUUCUGUGCAUGUUUUUAUUCUAAGAUCUCCCCCCCCCACCCCACCCCCACGAGACGGAUUUUUCUGUGUAGCUUUGGCUGUCCUGGAACUUGCUCUGUAGACCAGGCUGGCCUCGAACUCACAGAGAUCUGUCUGCCUCUGCCUCUCGAAUUCUGGGAUUAAAGGGGCUUGUGCUGCUACCACCUGGCUCUUCUAAGCUUUAUAACCUGUUCCAUUAUAGGUCAGAAAAUCUACACUGUUAGAAUGUUAGACUUCAUUUUAGAAUUCAUUUAUCCUUUUAGAAUCUAUCUUGUCAUUCUUACUACUGGAAAGGAAUUUGUUUUGAACUUUGAAUGAUUGCUGCCCCUCACAUUUGACUAAAUGAAGUUGUUGCCCGAAUUUGGGGCUUUUUGUUUUGUUUUGUUAAAGGUUCUAUCAUGCUGGCUGGCUUGGAAUUCACUGUGUAGACCAAGCUGGCCUCUUAACUCACAGAGAUCUCCUGCCUCUGCUUUCCAGGUCCUGGGAUUAAGUGUAUGCCACCAUACCUGGCCAUUUUUUUCUUAAUCCAGCUUCUUUAAUCAGAGUCAUACUGCUUUCUCUACAGUUUUGUUGUUGUUGUUGUUGUUUGUUUCUCUUUUAUACUUUUAAUUCUGUGAAAUUUGAAGUGAUACCAUCUAGGUUUGUUUUCAUUCAUUAUUAUUGUGACUUGGGUUGAGCCAUUUUUAUCUAGAAAUUUGUGACCUUCAGUUUCAUAUAGUUUUCUUAAAUUUUGUCAUUGAUUUCUAAUUGGUCUCUCGUUAUUCUUCCUGUACUUCUGUUUGGAUGUUGGGCCCUCUAAGCCUAUCUUCUGAUUCUUUUUAUCAUUUGCCCAUAUGUUCUAGAAGAUAACUUCAAAUUUCUCUUUCAACUUCUGUUAAGGUUUUUGUUUUGUUUUGUCUUAAUUUUUUAAUGUGUAUGGUGCUUUGCCUGCAUGUAUGUCUGUGCACCAUAUGCAUUCAGUGCCCACUGAGGCUAGAGGAGGAUGUCAGAUCCCCUGUAACUAGAAUUGCAGACCUUGUGAACUACCAUGUGGGUGCUGGAAAUUGAAUCCAGGUUAUCUGGAAGAGCAGCCAGUGUUCUCAACUGGCACUUAAGAGAUUAUGGCAUCUGACACCCACCAUGUUAAAAAACGGAACUUCUUUAAUAGUAUUGAGGAUCAUCCUAUUGAUCUUCCUAGAAAGAGGAUCUCUAAUUUCACUAAUAAGAACAUGAAGGAGGUUAAGAAAUCUCCAAAACAGUUGGCUGCUUACAUAAGUAGAACAGUUGGACAAGCUGUGAAAAAUCCAGAUAAACUGCGGAAGGUGCUCUAUCACAGAAAGUUAGUUCGUCAUCCCUUUCCAAAUCCUUGUUAUAGAGCUAAGCAGUCCCCUGAUAGCGGGGGCUGUGACAUGGCAAAUAAAGAAAAUGAACUGGCUUGCGCAGGCCAUCUGCCCGAAAAUUUACGCCAUGAUAGUCGAACAUUUGUAGUUAACACCAGUGAUCCUGGUUCUUCACAGACAGAAAGCCCGUCAUCAAAGUAUAGUGGCUUCUUUUCUGAGGUGUCUCAGGACCACGAGACAAUGGCCCAGGUUCUCUUCAGCAGGAAUUUGAGAUUGAAUGUAGCUUUGACUUUCUGGAGAAAGAGAAGUAUAAGUGAGCUUGUAGCUUAUUUAGUGAGGAUAGAAGACCUUGGAGUUGUGGUAGAUUGCCUUCCUGUUCUAACCAAUAGUUUACAGGAAGAAAAGCAAUAUAUCUCACUUGGCUGCUGUGUAGACUUACUGCCUCUAGUAAAGUCUUUACUUCAAAGCAAAUUUGAAGAAUAUGUAAUAGUUGGCUUAAACUGGCUUCAAGCAGUAAUAAAAAGGUGGUGGUCAGAACUCUCAUCUAAAUCAGAAAUUACAAGUGAUGGAAAUAUUAAAAUUUUAAAGCAACAAUUGAAUGGAUUAUGGGAACAGGAAAGCCAUCUUACUUUGGUUCCAGGAUAUACUGGUAAUAUAGCUAAGGAUGUAGAUGCUUAUUUAUUACAGUUGCAUUGAGAGAUUUCAUCUUCUAAAGAGUAUUUGGCUGUUCAAACAGCGCUGGAUUAUAUGAUUUCCAAAAGUAGGUCUCUUCUGAGAACUGUGAACUGUGGAAGAAAUAAAAACAUUUUUUUCUUUUAAAAAGCCACAUAAUAAAGCCACUAAUGAAAUCCUAACAAUGUACUUCACAUUGAAGUGGAAAUAUCCGGAAGGAGCAACUUCAACUUCAAUGAGGUGAAAGUGCACUCUAAAGACUGUUCGCCUUGCUGCACACAGAACCAUUACAGCUGUUUGGUAGGGGUGUUCAAGAACUUCUGGGUCUUAACUCAUUCCUGCAUAAGAAUAUCAUUUAUAGUAUUCAAAACAAGACAGGACUUUUACCAGGAACUACAAAGACCAAUCACUAAUUUUUGUUGUGUUUUAUGAAGAAACACUUAAAUGUGUGCAGCUAUUUCUUCUGUUGAAAAGACUUCAAAAGUUUAAAACAUCAUAAUAAGUAAUAUUAAAAUUUUUUGUCCACACUGAUACCGUGUACAAAUGCCUUAAUUAUUGAUAAGCCAAUGAGUUAUAAUACCAAUAUCUCUUUUAAAAAAAUUAAAAACAACCAUGCUUCUGGCAUGAUAAAAUCAUGGAAUUAAAUCAGGGGUUUACAUUCAUGUAGAAUGUUGUUGUUGAAGUAUAUUCUACACCAUUUUUUAAAACUUGAGACAUUUUUAGCAUCUCUGAAUUUUUUUUGCCAGAAUCUUCAUGAUAUGUUUGUAUGAAUGUGUUAUUCGUAUACAAAGAAAAAGGUGAAUAUGUAUUUGUAUGAAUAUUUAACUGGAAAUGUUCUUGGAGUUGGUUAAUUUAUAUUCACUUUUUAUUGUAUAUAAUUUCUAAUAUUUUUCAUUUUUGUAACAUUUAAACUUCAUUUGAGUAAAUUUACUAAAUAUUUCUAUUUUUUGCUUUUUCAAUUCUAAUUUUAUAUGAAAUCUAAUUCUUUUUCACUACAUGUGUUCUGAAAAGUUCUAUACAUGUUUCAGAAUUGUUUACAAUUAAUGCUGACAUUGUACUUUUAAGUUCCAACACAUUGCAUCUCUACCUCCUCUAAUGGUUAGUGUGAAAUCCCAGCAAACUAUAUGCAAGUGGUUUUUGUUUUGUUUUGUUUUAACCAUUUUUAGCAUUAGUGUACUCAAUUCUGGAAUACCUUAACAGUUCUGAAUUGUCCCUGUCUUAGAAUUGCUUUUGAAUAUCACUCCUGAUCCAUCCAUCAUCUUUCUUUAAUAAGGCUUGCAAACUUCCAGAAGAGAUAAUCAAAUUUCUCCUCAUAUUCCAAUGUACGUCUUUAACAUUUUAACACUUAAACAGUGACUACUAAGAGGCCUCCCCAGCAUCUUUUCUUGCUGUGAAAAUAUUUAAAGUGUUACUUUUCACUGAAUUCUGGUUUUGUAUAGCUAUCAUUCCAGAUAGCUAUGUACUCCACAGGAUGGACAUUGCUUGUAGUAAUUGAUUGUUAUGUUCUCACUCCAGAUGAUUGCAGUUUUGUGACUAAGAGGUGAGGUAUGUAAGAAGUCCUUUUUCAGGAUGUGAGAAUUUCUUAACCUGCAUCAUCUCUGAAACCUUAAGACAGGAAAUACAGCCUGUCUUUCUUAGUGCUUUUCUUUCCAUGGUCUUAUCGACCAUUUGGGCAGGUUAACAUGGUGUAGUGUGAUGCUCAUGACACUAAGGAUUUAAGUCUGAUCCUUUUAAGUUCAUUAACUUUUCACAUGCAUGAAAUAAUUCCAUGGCUUCAGAUUGCACUUUCCCUUAGCAUCCAUCUAAUAAAUUUAAUGUGUGAUCUCAAAGGAUGUGGUGUGCAUAGUUUGCUUUCAUAGCUUACUUCUCAGAGAGAAAGAAUGAUUGAUUUGUAUGUUAGUAUAGAUUUCCAGUUUUGAGAAGAACAUAUUUAAAAUAAGAUCUCAAAUACUUUGUAAUUUUUAGUUGCACAGUAUUAAAUAAUAUGGACCAUA